AUGUGUUUGUCUUUGUUGGUAGGCAGUACCCAUGAGUACACUGAUGUGAUGUCAAGGACACUCUAUGAUACCUAUUAUAUUGCAGUUACUUCCUUUUGUUCUCAAGAUCCAAUAACUAUCUACUUUGAACCAUUUAUGAAAUCUCCUAACCAAUAAAUGAUGAAAGAGGGAAAUAGUACACCUAUUUAAACUGACAAUCUUUUGAGUGUACUCCGAAUUCUCAUAAAAUACUUUUUACCUCAUUUACAACUGUUUCAAUUGUCACUAUGCGUGAAAUAGUGCAUAUACAAAUUGGUCAAUGUGGGAAUCAGAUUGGAUCCAAAUUUUGGGAGGUGAUUUCAGACGAGCACGGUAUUGAUCCUGUGGGGACGUAUAUUGGUGAAUCCUCACUUCAACUGGAAAGAAUCACAGUGUACUACAACGAAGCCUCUUCCGACAAAUAUGUACCACGUGCAAUAUUAGUCGAUUUGGAGCCAGGAACAAUGGACAGUGUUCGUACAGGUCCGUUUGGGAAAUUAUUUCGUCCAGACAAUUUUGUCUUUGGACAGAGUGGUGCUGGAAAUAACUGGGCUAAAGGCCAUUAUACAGAAGGCGCCGAACUCGUCGAUUCAGUCUUGGAUGUGAUGCGUAAGGAGGCGGAGAACACGGAUUCCCUUCAAGGUUUCCAGUUGACUCAUUCACUUGGUGGUGGAACGGGUUCAGGUAUGGGAACACUGUUGAUCUCGAAAAUCCGUGAGGAAUAUCCUGACCGAAUAAUGAACACAUUCUCUGUUGUCCCGUCACCCAAAGUGUCAGACACCGUUGUCGAGCCAUACAAUGCUACACUGUCCGUCCACCAACUCGUCGAGAACACUGAUGAGACAUUCUGCAUUGACAACGAAGCACUCUACGAUAUCUGCUUCAGGACGCUGAAAUUAACCAACCCGACAUACGGCGAUUUGAAUCACUUGGUGAGUGCGACGAUGUCGGGAGUGACAACGUGUCUUCGAUUCCCUGGUCAGCUGAAUGCGGAUCUACGCAAACUGGCGGUGAAUAUGGUGCCAUUCCCACGUCUUCAUUUCUUCAUGCCUGGUUUCGCUCCACUCACUAGUCGUGGGAGUCAACAAUACCGUGCACUCACUGUUCCUGAACUCACACAACAAAUGUUCGACGCGAAGAAUAUGAUGGCUGCAUGCGAUCCAAGAAAUGGACGUUACUUGACUGUGGCCGCCAUCUUCCGUGGUCGAAUGUCAAUGAGGGAAGUUGAUGAGCAGAUGUUGAAUGUACAGAAUAAGAACUCGAGUUAUUUUGUUGAGUGGAUUCCGAAUAAUGUGAAGACAGCCGUUUGUGAUAUUCCACCGAGAGGACUGAAAAUGUGUGUCACUUUCAUUGGUAACACCACAGCUAUGCAAGCACUGUUUAGAAGAAUCUCUGAGCAGUUCACUGCGAUGUUUAGACGUAAGGCAUUCCUACACUGGUACACCAGUGAGGGCAUGGAUGAGAUGGAGUUCACUGAGGCUGAAUCCAAUAUGAAUGAUUUGGUGAGUGAAUAUCAGCAAUACCAGGACGCAACGGUUGACGAUGAGAAUGACUCUGAUAUUGAAGGGCUUGAAGUAGCCUGAACAUUAACUGUUAACCUCCUCCAAUAUUAGUUCGACUGGACGUCGACUGUUUAAAUCCACUGCUUUGUUGUUGUAGUUUCUUUAUUGUCGUUGUGUUGUAAAUGAUCAAUGGCUUUAAUUUACUCAUUGUCUCAAUUUCCUCUCGAAGCGUUAUUUACACGACAACUGAAUAUUUAACUGUCUGACACAUUAAUUCUGUGUGCACUGGAUUUCUUUCACUGUGCUCUGUGUUGUCGUCAUUCUUUUCUCUCUCUCGUAACAUGAAUUACCGAAUAAACUCUCCAGCUCAAAACUGCAUUUUGUCUACCUGCGAAAUUUGUAAUGUCAAAUAGUUGGAUUUCCUGCCUUCUGCAGUUGUAGCAAUACUUGACAGUUGAGAAUCGAGAGUGGAAAACUCAGUCUCACUGUUUGUAUCGGGACCUCGCCUAGUUUACAUUCUGUCCGUAUUCCCGGAAAACAGUCUAUGUUGGGAGUAGGGCUGGAAGCACCACUCUGUAUGAA